AUGGAAGGUAAUGAGCAUAAUGGAGCUGAAUUAGGGGUGUUGCACGAGUUCAGUUUAUUUAAGGGAGGCGAGAAUAUAAAUGAUACAGAGAAUGUCCGAGGGAAGACUGAAGGACAGAACAAGGACAUUCACGUCUCAGCUCAUUUUCGUUCAACUUAUGCUGCACAAGGGUCCACACCGGCAAGCCAUGAGUCCAGGAUCGUGCUCGAAGGGUUAAGAGGGAUAUUAGAAGCCAUGACGGAACUAAAGAUUCAACCAGUUAAACUAAUCUUGGAAGGAGAUUUAAAUUUUCAUAUCCUUGAAUCUAAUACUAGUGUAUCUUCCUCUACUGAUGCUUGGGUUAACAACAUUGUUUUAAGCAGUCGUCUAGAAGACAUAGGUUAUGUUGGGAAAGAUUUUACUUGGACCAAUAAUAAUAUGGGUACUGGUUCUAUUAAAUCUAGGAUAGACAUGGCUUUAGGUAAUGGGAACUGGUCCCUAAACUUUCCUAAUUCUAAGGUAUUACAUCUUGCUCAACUAGGUAGUGAUCAUAGCCCUGUUAUGCUUGAUACUGAUGUUACUUUACCAAAAUGCUGGAAACCUUUUAAGUUUUUUUGGACUUGGUUGAAUGAUCCUUCAUGUGUUAUUAUCAUUGUUAAUGCUUGGAAAGAAAGUGUUAGUGGCCCUACAGCUUUUCAACUUGUUCAUAAGUUGCACAUAACAAGGAAAAGGUUAUCUUUGUGGAACAAAGAGCAUUUUGGUGAUAUUAAUCAACAAGUCAAUCAUCUUCAACAAGAGUUGCAGAGAAUACAAGAACAACCUUCUGGUCCAGAUAACAGUGAGGAAAUCAUCAACAUGAACAAUGAGUUAACCAAAUGGCACAAAAUUAAAGCUGAGUUUUAUCAACAAAAAUCCAGAGAUAACUUCAUCAAAGAUAUGGAUGCAAACAGUAAAUAUUUCCACACCAAAGUAAAUAGAAGAAAGACAAGGAAUAACAUUGAUUCUAUACAGGAUCACAACAACAGUUGGCUCCAGUCUAGAGAACAAAUCUCUCAACAUCUUACUCAGCAUUUUCAGAGCAUCAGUACCUCCAGCAAUCCUGUGAUUAAUGAAGGGCUUUAUGAUAUUCUGCCUACAAUCAUUUCUGCAGAAGACAAUAUGACUCUCACAAGAAUCCCUACAGAUGAAAAAAUUCAUGCUACCUUGAAGAGUAUGGAAAACUGGAGUGCACCAGGUCCAGAGGGGUUUCAAGAUGGAUUUUACAAAAGCCAAUGGAACAUAGUUGGUGAAGAUGCUGCAUAUGUUUCAGGCAGACUCAUUAGUGAUAACACAGUUAUAGCACAAGAAAUUAUACAUUCAAUGAAGAAGAAAAGAGGAGAAACAGGUUGGCUUGCUCUAAAGUUAGACAUGUCAAAAGCCUUUGACGGGAUAAAAUGGUCUCGCUUACUGAAGGUUCUUUCUUAUUUUGGUUUCAAUGAAGAUUUUUGUGACUUAAUAUAUCAAUGCAUCAGCACUACAACUCUCUCAGUCAUGCUCAAUGGAUCACCUUGUGAAGAAUUCUCACCUUCCAGAGGUAUCAGACAAGGUGACCCCUUAUCACCUUAUUUAUUCAUUUUAGCAAUGGAGUUCUUAUCAAGACAACUCACAGCUGCACAUGAGAAUAAAUCAGUUAAAGGAAUUAAAGUGGUUGCAUUAUCACCAGCCAUUAAUCAUCUGCUUUUUGCAGAUGAUUGCUUGAUCUUUACUCAAGAAAACCUUACUUCAGCUAAUCAUUUAUUGGACUUACUUCAUGAUUUCAACAGUCAAUCUGGUCAAGUUAUAAAUUUUGAUAAAAGUGCAGUUCAUUUCAGCAAGAAGACAAAGCCUGAGGUUGCAGAAACACUUAGACAAAUUCUUGGGGUUAAAAUUAUGAACUCUAAAGAAAGAUAUAUAGGUUCUCCAUUAAUUUUUGGACACUCUAAACAUGAUUCUUUCAAAAACAUAAAGGAAUCUUUUGAGAACAGGUUAUCCACAUGGUCUGCCGUAUCCAUUUCUCAAGCAGGGACAUGCACUAUGAUUAGACAUGUGCUUAAUUCAGUCCCAAUUUAUCAAAUGGGCACUUUCAAAUUACCAGCAAAUCUUCUUCAACAACUCACAAGCAUAGAGAGAAAAUUUUUCUGGGGAUAUAAUAGCAACAGAGAUAAUAAUCCUAUAGCUUGGUUGAACCUAUGCAGACCCACAGAAAUCGGGGGACUAGCUUUCAGAGACUUGGAAAAACUCAAUCUGGCAAUGCUCACUAAACUUGCAUGGAGAUUAUGCAAUGAACCUGACAACUUAAUGUCUUAA